UUCUGAUGAUCAGCAGCCAGUCAGUAACCCCAUCCUGAAAUAUCAACUAAUGCUCUUAGCGUGUGGUAACUCACUCCAUUAGACGUCAUCAAUACAAGGCAGCAAAUAGGUCCAUUCCGUAAAAGCCGCUCUCACAAUAGUAUAAAGACGAAGAGCAUUGCGAUCAUGAUUCCGCUGCCAGUUCCAGAGCACGUAUUGCUAAAUCAAUUGAUAUUGUCUUCGAUAUUCUUCAAACUCUAACUACCGACCUAAAUCUCAAAAUGGCAAGCCUUAAGUUCCAAGGAUGGCUCGGCAAGACACCCGAAAGCGUUAAGGGCAAGAUGGAGUGGGGUGAUUACGAGCCCAAGAAGUGGACUGAGGACGACGUUGACAUUGAGAUUUCGCACUGCGGUAUUUGCGGAAGCGACUUGCACAUGUUGAAGUCUGGAUGGGGAGAGACACCGUACCCCUGCGUUGUCGGUCAUGAGAUCGUCGGCAAGGCUGUCCGUGUGGGAAAGAACGUCAAGCACGUGAAGCAGGGUGACCGCGUCGGUGUCGGUGCUCAAGCUCGCUCGUGUUUGAAGCCUGACUGUGAUGACUGCUCAGUCGGCUUGGAGAACCACUGUGCCAAUGAGCAGAUCAACACAUACGGAUCGAUAUACCCCAACGACGAGGGCAAGUCGUAUGGUGGUUACGCUGACUAUAACCGUACAAAUGGCCACUUCGUCAUUCCCAUUCCAGAGGGUUUGGAUUCUGCGGACGCAGCACCCAUGCUCUGUGGUGGUAUCACGGUGUUCUCACCGCUCCACCAGAAUGGCUGUGGACCUGGGAAGACGAUCGGUAUCGUUGGUGUUGGUGGUCUAGGACACUUCGGUGUUUUGUUCGCCAAAGCUCUCGGUGCCGACAAGGUUGUCGGUAUCUCGAGAAAGGCCGAAAAGAAAGACUCUGUGCUUGAGCUUGGCGCUGACGAGUACAUCGCGACCGACGAUGAUAAGGACUGGGUAAAGAAGAAUAGGAGAUCUCUCGAUCUCAUUGUCUGCACCGUUUCCAGCGACAAGAUGCCUCUGGAGAGCUACCUGAUGUUGCUGAAGACGAAGGGUACAUUCAUUCAGGUUGGUGCCCCCGAUGGUGGUGCCCUGCCAAACAUCAAUGCCUUCACCCUUCUUGCCAAUGGAAUCAAGGUUGGUGGUAGCGCAAUCGGUGCUCCUAGCGAGAUAAAGGAAAUGCUCCAGCUUGCUGUCGACAAGAAGGUCAAGCCUUGGGUACAAAAGCGAAAUUUAAAGGAUGCCAAUCAAGCUAUUGUUGACAUGACGGACGGUAAGGCCCGAUACAGAUACGUGUUGGUCAACGAGAACUACGGCAAGCAUUAGUUCUUUGUUCCAUGAAAUAUCAGAUAUGUUGGCAUUAGGAAAACUUUAGAGCAGGUGUUUGGAUAUGAUGAAUACUCACGAUUAAAGAGUGCAUUUGAUGAACGAUAUUAGAGACCUUACAUGCAACCAUGGUCCGAGACUUCGUUCACAAGAAUUAACAGAUGUGUACAGCUUGACGACCACGCAUCCUUGGGUUUGUGAUGGAUUGACAAAAAUUGUAAAACAACGUUUGAGAGAUAAUGUUACAACACAUUCUGCGACACGGCUGUGAUACAAUGCCGUUUGCACUCACCCUCACGCCUCUAGCAUCCAGUUAGGUUAGGAAAGACCAAAAUUCCUGAAUUUCGAUCAUAUUCCACAGCUCGGACCUGACAAUUGCGGUCCUUUAUCCC